UCUGUUACUCCAAUCGCCAUCUUGUUGCCAGUGAAGUAAUGUGUUUCUGAUGAAUUUCGGGAGCGCCCUGGAUGUCUUAUGACUGUCUUUGGAAGCCAGUGGAUUAUACUGUGAUUUAACCCACCACAUAUAUCUGUACCGGGGGCUUGCAUAAAUUUUUAACGGGAACGUAUUGUAUCGGUGUUCAAAAUGAGUAUCGAUACUCUAUUGGAAGCGGCCAGGUAUUUGGAGUGGCAAGCCCAGCAACAACAGAUUACACGUGUGGAGGAGGAGCGGCGAGAGAAGGCCUUGCUAUCCCGUGAGGCUGAGCAGAAGCUCUCCACCCCUGUUAUCCAGUCUGUCCAAAUUAACCAUGUGACCUGGGUCGACGACAUGCGGCUCGAGCCACACCGCCACCACCAGCACCACCCUCCGGUAGCUGUCAUUCCUAUCCCGGUGGUCCCAGCCAACCCUGCGGCCCCUCCCAUUCAGACUGCUUCGACCCUUCACACAGCCUCCUCAAUGCCAGUGGUCACACCCUUGGCCACAGCCCUGUCCCCACCAGCAGCCCCCCUCCUCAGCCCUAAUGGCAAGGACGCCCAUUCCCCUCCACAGCAGCAGCAGCAGCAACAUCGUCACUUGAUCGCACACAUAAAAGCAGAAGCUACCAUCUUGCCUCCAUCGAAUAACAGUCCCAAGCCGCAGCCACAGCCACAGCUGCAACAGACGCAGGCGCUGCUGCAACCGUAUCCAGCCCCCAUCAUCACAGCCCAGCAUCCACCACAGCAACACGCCCUCUUGCCCCAGCCAGCACUACCCCAACCUCAGCCCGCACCAGCCCAGGGUCAGGCAGGCCAACCGCCCAGGCCUAACGGAGUUGUCGUGGAAGAGCCGGUCAACCUAGAUGGCAAAAGGAGACCUGGAGGGGCUGGAACUCGAGAAGUUCACAACAAGCUGGAAAAGAACAGACGAGCACAUCUGAAAGAAUGUUUUGAGACCCUCAAGAAGAACGUUCCUAAUGUGGAUGAAAAGAAAACUUCCAAUCUGAGUGUCUUGAGGAGUGCUCUCCGCUACAUCCAGACUUUGAAGCGGAAAGAAAAGGAGUACGAGCAUGAGAUGGAGCGCUUGGCACGGGAGAAGAUCGCCACCCAGCAAAGACUCUCCAAGCUGAAGAACGAGUUGAGCCAGUGUAUAGACAUCAUGGAGAUCGACAGGAUACUCCGACAAACUGUCCAACCGGAAGAUGAUCAGGCCUCCACAUCAACAGCAUCAGAGGGUGAAGACAACUUCGACCAAGACGUAGAUGAUGACAUCCUCUCCUCCCCACCCUCGUCUUCUGUGGGCAAACCGUUUGCACCGGCACCAUCAGAGCCCCGCGCUGCCAUGCCUCCACCCUCCAUUCUCGCUACACAUAUCUCCAUACAACACAAACCCACCACACCACCCUCCGCUCCACCCAAUCAACUCCAGCCCACAGUGGUCACCCCUCAAGCCAUCGCCCCUGCGCCCCCUUCCCACCUCGUUUCCCCUCCUCAGCCAACAGUCAUCACCCACGCCUCCGUAUCCCAUGCGUCCGUCAUCCAAGCUGUCAACCACAUCAUCCCAGCUGGGCGUAAACAUCUGGCGCACAUUGCGCCCUCUAGUGGCGGCCAGCCUAUCGGACACAUCACCGUGCAUCCCGUGGCCCACCUCCCCGCGGCCAUUUACCCGCAGUCAGUAGCCGUCUCGCAGCCGGCGAUGGUGGGGCACAUCACACACACAUUGGCGCACCACCCACACUCUCACGCCCAAGUUAACGGCACGCCAGUUACAGGCCAGCAGGCCACCAUGGUGGGAAAGCCAACGGCCGUGGUCGCUCACCAUCACACCGGGCUGGUGGGCCAGACGGUGCUCAAUCCGGUGACUAUGGUAACUGUUCCUCCUUUUCCCGUCAGCACGCUAAAGCUGGCCUGAGAGAAAAGAGAGGACUUCCAUGAAAGGAGGUCUCACAAAGUGAGAGCAAGAGAGACUAAAGAUGAAGAGCUAAUUUCAAAAAAGGACGACUAGUUCUCGUUCAGAAAUUCACUACUGUCGCUCCUACACACCGGGGACCUCAUCAGGAUCGGAGCGCAUCCUCUUUUGCUUGUAGAAGGGGCUUGCGUGUCUUUUAGCGUGUCUAGCGCUGGAAAGAAAUUCAUGUAAUGCACUUGCUUAACUAGAUUCGAAGACAUUGGUCAGUCUUUAGUAAUGUGAGAGUGGAGUGCUAAAACAAAUCAAUUCUUUCUUCCCUUUCCCUCGUAUCCUUUUUUCUGUAUGCAAAUUAUCUCACGCUUUACAUUAAUUCACCAAAAAAAUCUCCACUAAUCAAAAAUGAGUGCUUAAAGCUCAGUACUUUAAGGCAUGCAGGAAAAAAACGUUUACUGUGUGACUAUUUUAGGGGCAUUUAAAACUCGUCAAACGGGGCUUUUGACUAAAAAAAAACAGGUACAUUCAGACUUCAGACAGAUCAGGUUACUCAAAGUGUCUCUGUACUUGCUAGGAAAUGUAAGUGCCUAAGCCCCAAUUCAAGCCCAGUGGCGCCACCUGCUGCCUACGCAAUUUUUGCUGAAUAUGAAGCGCAAGCGUAUUAGAGUGCCAUGUCUUGACCUGCAGUCACAGGCAUCUGUUGGCAAUAAAGAAACUCAAAGUCUUAAAAGUGUCGAGGUGAAUGGGUUGUAAGGAAACUCGACUAAUGUACAAUUCAACAUCUGAGAAAGACAUGAAUUUGAAAGUACAUUAAAGCAUUCAUAACUUACAGCAAGUGCGCAGAUAUUUAACCUAACAAUACUUCGUAAUACUUGAUUAACGUUUCAAAUUAUUAAAAACGUUACGUACGGCGUGUGUCAGGGCGCUGCGGUGUCGGGCAUUUCCGUUUCUUCAAAACAGCAGUUACCAAUGUUCUCGUGCUUGUAGCAACACGAUGAAGAACGUCGAAUGAGGUCUUAGAAAAUACGUUAACGUUAAUCUAUCUUUUUCGUCACGCGCACGUUCAUAGAUGGUGUCUAAGCGCGCGCCCUUCCAAUGUAGCUCGGUGCUGUUGUGUCCAUUUUUCCUUAUUAUGUGUGAUUGUGUAAAUUGUCGUGAGGUAGGCACUUGUUUAUAAGUAUUUUAGGAGGU